ACUGUGACAACAAACGAUGCUAAUGUUUUGACUUAUUCAAAAUAAGCGCGGAAAGAGCUUGCAUGCGCUGUAAUGGAUCAGGAUAGAAAUAUAAAAUGUCUUGAUCCAGAAGUUGUGCUUAAAAUUGCCGCAGGUGAAGUGGUACAACGACCUGUUUCAGCUGUCAAGGAAUUGUUGGAAAACAGUGUCGAUGCUGGAGCACAAACAAUAAAAAUACAUGUGAGAGAAGGUGGUUUGAAGCGAAUUCUUGUUAUUGAUGAUGGUUGUGGAAUACAGAAGAAUGAUUUAGACUUGGUAUGCAAACGAUUUGCUACAAGCAAACUGAAAAAAUUCGAUGAUCUUCAGAGUAUUGCUACGCAUGGGUUCAGAGGAGAAGCUUUAGCUAGUAUGAGCCAAGUUGCUCGUGUAUCUAUAAUAUCCAAAACAAAGGAUUUACCUUAUGGGCACAAAGCAGUGUAUGAAAAUGGUGUGCUAAAAUCGCCACCAUUACCACUUGGUAUGCCUAAUGGAACUCAAGUUACUAUUGAUGACUUGUUUUACAAUGAUCGAAACAGACUUAAAAUGUUUGCUGGUACUCAUUCAGCUGAAUAUCAGAAGAUUGUCAGAGUGGUCACUCGUUACGCUGUACAUUACUCAGGAAUAGGAAUCACACUGAAAAGAUUGGAUGAUGGCGAUGUUGCUGUGAAAACAGCUCCAGGAACUGAUAUUAAGGAUAACAUAAAAGCUCUGUUUGGACUUUCAAUUGCCAGCCACAUCCGUGAAGUGGAGUUCAAAAGUGACCUGCACAAGUACAAAAUGAAAGGCUAUAUGACAGAUCCAGGAUAUUCAAGCAAUAAAAUGACUUUUAUGUUCUUUGUUAAUAACCGUCUUGUAGAACAUGAAGGCAUAAAAAAGGAAAUUGAAGAUAUGUAUAACAAAUUUUUGACAGAUGGUGGCCCAUUUGUUUAUUUACGAUUAGACAUUGAUCCAUCAUUUGUGGAUGUCAAUGUUCAUCCUUCCAAGAAUUUAGUGUGCUUUCUUUACGAAGACGUCAUCAUCAAAGCAUUGCGUAUCCAUGCAGAGAAAGAACUGCUUCAGUGCAAGGACACUCGCAGUUAUGUGGUUCAGCAAGUACUAUCCCCAGUUGUCAAAAAAGUGGCUGAUGCAGACAGUAAGAUAUAUGACCAUAAGAAAGUUCGAACAGAUAGCAAGGAGCAGAAAUUGGAAAAAUUCUUUGGUCCGACUGAGACAAACUUAAAUACCAGUGACAAAGAGAUCUCAAAAACAAAACUUCCAGAGAAGUGUGAUGGGUUCUCAAGUGUGAAAGAAAAGGACAGUGAUACAUCUGACAACAAUGCACCUCUGCAGAAUGGAGAUGCAUUAUCAGUACAACAGAAUAAAAUUACUAAAGCAUCAGGAAAGACAGUGAAAAGGCGCAUAUUCCGUCUCACAAGUUUAUUGCAAUUAUGUAAAACAGUAAGAGACAGUGUGAAUGAAGAGUACAAGACAGUUUUGAAUCAGGCUACAUUUGUUGGUUGCAUCAAUGAACGUUAUGCAUUAAUACAACAUGAACUCUCUCUGAUGCUUUGUGACACAUAUUUAUUAACUAGAGAACUGUUGUACCAAAAGAUCUUACAAGAGUUUGGAAACAUGGCAUGUUGGGAUCUGUCAGAGAAUCCACUUCCACUGCUGGAUGUCCUAAAGCUUGGCUUGAAUAAUGAAAAUACUCAUGCUGGAGAAAUCCAAGAACAGAAAGCCAUUGAACUGAAGAAUCUAUUAAAUGUGAAAGCACCUCUGCUCUAUGAUUAUUAUUCAAUUAAAAUUGAUGAUGGUUUCAUUUUGAGGUUACCAAGAGUUUUAGGAGAGCUAAAGCCUAACAUUGGGUACAUACCAAAGUUUUUUGUCCAACUUGCCACUGCUGUUGUUUGGACAGAAGAGAAGUCGUGUCUCCACACCAUAGCCCGAGAGCUGGCUGACUUCUAUGCAUCUGACUUUUAUUUAGCAACAGGGAACCAGUUCCAUCCAUUUCGAGAUGAUUCCAAAAGUGCUCAACUAAAGUGGACAAUACAGCAUGUUCUUUAUCGAAAUAUGCGAGAAGAUUUUUAUCCACCAGAAGAGCUAUGUUCAAAAAAUGUUAUAAAUAACUUAACAUGUUUGACAGGUCUUUAUAGCAUAUUUGAACGCUGCUGAUUUUAUAAUCGAUACGUAUAAAAAAUUCCUCUUUUAAAGACUGAAAUAUUCUAAACAGAGAAUUUUUAAAGACAAUGCUUCUGAAAAAAGAAUAAACCACGUGUUCAUACAGAUCAUUUUAACUUCCAGUCCAAGCAGUUCAGUGCCUGUCAGUUUAAACUGUCUACUUCUCAUGUGUUCUUUUGUUCCUUAGACUUUCUGUAACACUGAGUACUCGUAAGUGCAUACAUGUUGUACUAAUAGUUGUAUAAGUUUGUGCUGUUAUUUGCUUCGCAGUUACUUCCUAUUUUUUAUUAUUUAUGCUUCGGAGUCAUUUUUUGUCUUUUCCGUCUUAUCAUUAUUAUGUAAAAAAUAUGCUCUUCUGUUACUAUACAUGAUUUCCAUCUUGUAAAAUAUCAUUGACACAUAGUAAGCAUCAACCUGUCAUGUUUACAGCUCACAAUACUGAAUUGGAAAUAGAUUCUGAGGGACAUUCUAGGCAAGGCAUUUUCUGUUUAAAUCAAUAAAAUUCCAUUUUCAGUGUGAUUCACUUUUCCUUUUAUUAAUUUUAAGAAAUUAGUGUUUGUGUGUACUUUUGUCUUUGCCAGUUUCAUUUUGUAAAAGGCUCAGUAAUGGAAUUGAAAGCAGUAUUAAAAAUGUGAUAAACCUCUAUCAUGACUUACCAGAUAAGGUCAACUCCAGAAUCUGUUUAGUUGUUAAACACAUUGUUUGUUUAAAAACACUAUUUCUUUGAACUCCUUUUUGUUCAUUAAUUUAAUAAUGUCCAUUCAGUGUGUUUGGCCUGCAUGUAAUGGCCUGUUAAGUACCUGAAUCAGAUUUUAUCUUUUUAUUGUUUGAGUGGUUCGUUAUUACUAAAUCUUAUCUUAUUGCUCUGUGGCAAUAAUGUGUAAAUAAAGUGUAUACUUGAAUAAAUGUUGCAUUGCUCAAAUAA